AUGGUGAGAUUAAAGACUAGAUAUUUGAUGGUUGAAGUGAUUUGGCAUCAAGAGGUACUCGAAGAUGGUACUGUUAGACCAACACUAUCGUUAUCGUGGAUUCACAAUUGGAUAGAGCAGAAAUCAAGAGAACUGAUAGGUGCUCUAACAACUCAAGCCUAUAUAAAGUCAUUAAAGAUCAUUUAUUGUAAUUCAAUAACUAAUACAAUGAUAUUAAGAUGUAAUUUCGAACAAUAUCGGAAUCUUUGGACUGUACUAUCAAUGAUAACAGAGUGUUGCGGUUUUCUCACUUAUUUUAGAGUGUUGCAUGUCGGUGGUUCACUAAAGUCAUGUCAAAAGUCUGUUUUGAAAGAAUAUGGAAAGCCACUACUCGUUAAAUCAUUCGAUCCUCUAGUUGCAAUGAAUGAACUAUAUAAUAUAAACAGCAGCAGUAGCAUUAGUAGUGGCAAUAUAGAUAAUCAACAAUCUCAACAACAGGGAAUAGAACUUAAUCUUACAGAGUCUGAUAAUGAAGACGAUGGUUUCGAUGAUCGUGAUAAUAACGAUGACGAUGACCUUAUCAAUAGCAACAACGAUAAUAAUAAUAAUAUAAAUAAUCAUGAUGAAUCUAUUGAUAGCAUGGAUACAAACAAUGAUAAACAAAAACCUAAACAACAACAAUCUAAGCAACCACCUAAACAACAGCAAUCUAAACAACAACCAUCAUCCCAACAAAAACAACAGAAACCAAAACAACAAGUUAAAGAAACAAAAAAGAAAUAA